UAGUCGACAUUCGUUUGGGAAAUAUGAAAUUGUUUGUAUUUAGCUGAAACGUCAUGGAAUUUCCUCACUCUUUGCAGAGCAAAUGAAGGUCGCACGCCGGGCGCAUGCGCACAAGCCUUCUGGACGUUUCCUUUCCUCACGUGGAGCGAUUCCCCUUGAUCAGGUUGGCAUAUCCACGCUCUCCGAGAACAACCCCGAGUGGCAGCCACACGUCGUCGAUCUUCAGACGUCAUAGAUUAAGUUAUGGCCUUCAGAAAAUUCCUGCCGCUGUUCGACCGCGUGCUAGUGGAGCGUUUCACGGCGGAGACAGUGACCAAGGGGGGCAUCAUGCUGCCUGAGAAGUCUCAAGGCAAAGUGCUGCAGGCCGCAGUGUUGGCAGUCGGGCCUGGAUCUGUCAACCAGGAUUUCUACAACUGGCCGGAUGAGUCAUUUGAGGAGAUGGACAGCACCCUGGCUGUUCAACAGUACAUUCAGCAGAACAUCCGCUUGGAUUGCUCCAAUAUCGACAAAAUCCUGGAACCCCCCGAGGGUCAGGAUGAGGGGGUGUGGAAAUACGAGCACCUCAGACAGUUCUGCUUGGAGCUCAACGGACUAGCGGUCAAACUGCAGAGCGAGUGCCAUCCAGACACAUGCACCCAGAUGACGGCCACUGAGCAGUGGAUCUUUUUAUGCGCCGCCCACAAGACCCCCAAAGAGUGCCCCGCCAUCGACUACACCAGGCACACACUGGACGGAGCGGCCUGUCUUCUCAAUAGCAACAAAUACUUUCCAAGCAGGGUGAGCAUCAAGGAGUCGUCGGUGGCUAAGCUGGGUUCGGUGUGUCGCCGCAUCUAUAGGAUAUUCUCUCACGCCUACUUCCACCACCGCCAGAUAUUUGACAAAUAUGAGAAUGAAACGUUCCUGUGUCACCGCUUCACGCGCUUUGUGAUGAAGUACAACCUGAUGUCCAAGGACAACCUGAUCGUGCCCAUCCUGGAGGAGGAGGUGCAGAACACCUCGUCGGCCGGCGAGAGCGAGGCCUGAGGGAGACCCACGUGAACACGGCCACACCCACACACUACUGUACAGUGUACUAAGACCCCCCCCCGCCCGCACCAUGUUCCUCCGUUGUCAACAUUGUCGAGCAUAAAAGGAAACCUGCGGGACAAUUUAGUUACCUUCUCGUUUGUCAAAAAAGUACCACACUUCUCCUUUAGGGAACAUUUUAUCUUUUGAGCAGCUGGAUUUGCAAAAAACUAAACAUAAUCACAGUGAUCUAUCUGUAUUGUUGACAAAGACACACACUGACAGACACCUCUGUGUAAAUAAUAGCCUAUUUGAUCAUGUUUCUGACACUGCUUCACUGUUCUCUUUUUCUACGUCUGCUUUGGUUUCGCUCUUUGCUUUGUGUAGCCUGCCAUUUUGUGCAGAGAGGUGGUGGGGGCUCAAUCAGUAAUUUAGCUUGCCGACUUGUAGAGGCUCCGAAGAAAAACCUUCUCAAAUGUAGGCGUGACUCAUGCGUUAGUGAACAACCAAGAACUCCUAGCUGUCCAAGUGUGCUCCUGAUAUUCUUGAUGUUCAUAACGUGGCUGAAAAGUCCGCUUAUAAGGCGUAACGUCGGCCAUGUUUACACAACGCCAAACAGCGCCUAAUUAAGUUAUUUUGCUUAAUCCAAUCCACUUAUGUUUUUUUAAAUGGACCUAAAAAAAAAAAAAAUUUAAAAACUUUGUUACUGUUUGUGACAUUUUCAUGUCUGUUAAUAAAAGACUUAUUAUUCUGGAA